AUGAUCGAGCACUUCGCCUCCGAGGUUCCCGCCCUCUACGAAGAGGUCAAGGCCGUUUGCUGGCAGGACCCCACCUGCAGGCUCUCGCAGCUCCCCAUCGAGCUCCUCAAGCGCAUCUUUGACACUUACGAGCACAUGCUGAGGCGGGAGGAGAACAACAUGAGGGACGGCUUCUUUUACGGCGUCUGCUCCUGCUGCAUCCCCGAGGACGACGAACGCGGCUACAUCGACGUCGUCAUCAAGCGCAACGCAGAGACCGGCCUCAAGUAUCCAAAGGCAAAGAGGGUCAAGUGGUCCACCCUCGAGUGA